CCGCUCGCGGGGACUGCCACGCUCCGCGCGGCCCCCAGCCCCGCGCCUGCCGCGCCCGCGCCGCAGAGCUGCCCAUGGCUGACCUGAGCUUCAUCGAAGAUGCAGUCGCCUUCCCUGAGAAAGAGGAAGACGAGGAGGAAGAGGAGGAGGGCGUGGAGUGGGGUUACGAGGAAGGUGUUGAGUGGGGCUUAGUGUUUCCUGAUGCUAACGGCGAGUACCAGUCUCCUAUCAACCUAAACUCCAGAGAAGCCAGGUAUGACCCCUCGCUGCUGGAUGUUCGCCUGUCUCCAAACUACGUGGUGUGCCGGGACUGUGAAGUCACCAAUGAUGGACACACCAUUCAAGUUAUCCUGAAGUCAAAAUCAGUUCUUUCAGGAGGACCGUUGCCUCAGGGACAUGAGUUUGAGCUGUACGAAGUGCGAUUCCACUGGGGAAGAGAAAACCAGCGUGGUUCUGAGCACACGGUUAAUUUCAAAGCCUUUCCCAUGGAGCUCCAUCUGAUCCACUGGAAUUCCACACUGUUUGGCAGCAUCGACGAGGCGGUCGGGAAGCCCCAUGGCAUCGCCAUCAUCGCACUGUUUGUCCAGAUAGGGAAGGAGCAUGUCGGCUUGAAGGCUGUGACCGAGAUACUCCAGGAUAUUCAGUAUAAGGGAAAAUCUAAAACAAUACCAUGCUUUAAUCCUAACACUUUAUUACCAGACCCUCUUCUGCGGGACUACUGGGUCUACGAAGGGUCUCUUACUAUCCCGCCUUGCAGCGAAGGAGUGACCUGGAUAUUAUUCCGAUACCCUUUAACUAUAUCCCAGCUGCAGAUAGAAGAAUUCCGAAGACUGAGGACACACGUUAAGGGGGCAGAACUUGUAGAGGGCUGCGAUGGGAUUCUAGGAGACAAUUUCCGACCUACCCAGCCCCUGAGUGACAGAGUCAUCCGAGCUGCAUUUCAGUAGCCAGAGACACCAGGAACAAGCCUGUCUGCAUCAGGGGAGGAAGACAGUGGUCCCCCGGGAGCCCUUUGAAGAGGAGUGGGAACUCUCAAGUGGCAGCUUUGUUUUAACCCUCAAGCCUGCAUUGUCUUCAGCUGCUCCAGCUUUGAUGGAUACCUGUGACCAUUGUCUGUAUACAUGCUGUUAUGAAAUAUUAAAGUGGCUGUUCAUUGUAAAGAAAGUCAGUGUGUAUGCACACACCACCGCUUCUGCAUUCAUACUUUUGCACAUAUUGCUUAUUGCUUAUGUGUAGAAAGAAUCAAAGUAGUUUUCAGGCCCAUUAAUAUGACUGUAUCAUAUAAUAAAUAAAUAUGAGAUGAGAAAAACAUUCCCAGAGCCAAGACAUGUAUUUCUUAUCUGUAUUAGAAAAUGUGCUCACUCCCAGCCUAGUGUCAUUCUUGAUAAUAAAAUAAGAGUUCUGAUCUACAACAGCCUAGAAUGUUGAAAUCCAACAUGAAGGACUCAAAAAUUAUCUCACAUGUCUGUGUGUUU